GAUGAGUUGAGCACGCCCAGUCCGCGAGUAUUGAGGUCUGGAAAAUGUGUCGAUCAACCAGCUGUAGAACCUGCUUCAGGUUCGGCAAAGGCCAAGCCAUCAAACCUGUGCACAAAUCUAGAAGAGUGGAGAAAGAAAACAGCCAACAGUAAAACAAACACAGUUUCACAACCUUCAGAGAAUGAACCCAAGCCUGCCUCGAAACGCCAGCACAGAUCCCUGGACAGGUCAGCAUCAGUAAAGAAGCCUAGGACGGAGGUGGAACAACGCAGGUCAGGGGUCACAGGGGUCAAGUCAAGCGGGGUACAGCGCAGCAGCUCCUUCAACCGGUCCGGUCACAACCAGUCCACAGACUCUGGCUCCGGGCCGCAGAUCAGGCACACCCGUGGGCUCUCAGGGGACAGGAGGGAGGGGUCUGGCAGUGCUGCCAAGAAACCGGACAGCGAGAAGGGCAAAGCGGGCGGCAUGACCAUACCAUCCACGCCUUCCUUCAUGAAAAGAAAGCCCAUGAAGAGUGCUGCGGCAUCACAGAUCAAGCCGGCUGAGGAGCGAGAACUGGAAAAAGUCGCCUUCUAUCGCAAGGAGCUGGCGCGGAAACGAAAAAUUGCAGAGGAAUCAUGCAAGAUUGCACUGGCUGGGAAGGGACCCACGGCUCCAGUGGCCCCUAAACAUAUGACAAAGCCAGAGGAGUUCAAGUUUGAGACAGACGCCAGAAUCAAGGCACCACACCCCCCACCCACUGUGGAGGAAGUGAAGGAUUUUGCCAGCUGUCUACGAUCUGAUACGGGCAAGCAGGCCCCCGGUCCUAUGAAGGCAGGCCCCACUAUUCCCGAGCCCUUCAAGCUGUCGUCUGGCCAGCAGCGUAAACGUAAACUGCCUGACCUUGAUGAGAAGCAGGCAGAGAAGUACGAGACCAUGGCUGAAAAACUGGCCGCCUUCACCAAAACACCGGAUAGGUUCAGGUCACGGCCCAAAGGUGGCGCCUCUGAUGAGAAGCGAGGUCGUUCAAGGUCACCCCCUCAUGGGCCCACAGUGCCCCACACACCCCAGUUUGAGACCCGCUCCAGGUCCCGCCCUGUGACCGCGCCCAGCAGAGAGGAGAUCGAACAGCAGGAGUUGGAGGAGAUGCAAAAGAACCAAUUUAAGGCUCAGCCCUUGAACACGAAGAUAUUUCAGAACCCUUCCCUCAAAAAGGUGACGGUGAAGGCCCCAACAGUCCCCGAGGAGUUCCACCUGUCACAUAACUUGAAGGCACACGAUAAGGAGGCAAAACAGGAGGAGGAGCACUACGAGUUCCAUGCCAAGCCUCUCAACAAGAAGAUCCUCGAGGGAACUGUGGGUCUGAAGGAGCCCAAGCGACUGCCUCUCACCAAGCCAGAGUCUCCUGCCUUCGCCCUGAAGCACCGAGCCAGGAUCCCUGCACCUGAGGAACAAACUGAGCCUGAGAAGCCUACGACCCGGCGUCGGCCCAUCCCACACACGGGCGUGCCGUUCCAGAUCCAGCUGUCACAUAAGACAACAGAGCCCGAGCCCUUCGCGUUUGAGGAGCGAGAGAAGAGACGGGCGGUGGAGCGGGGGCGCAAGAUUGAACAGAUCUUGGAGGAGGAGGCCAAGAACCGUGAGUUCCAUGCCCAGCCCCUGCCAGACCAUGAGCCCCACCUGCCCCCCAAGAGGACCCGCCCCUUGACUGUGCAGAAACCCUUCAACCUUGACACUGAUGUGAGAGGGGCCAAGAAGACUGAGGAGUGGCUCAAGAAGGUAUUGGAGGAGGAGGAACUGGAGGCGAAGGAGAAGACGAGGUUCAAGGCUCGGGAACCCGUCGUGCUGGAUCAGGAGCCCUUUGUGCCGCAGAAGGAGAACAAGUGCACAGCAGAUAUCACAGAGUUUGAACUGAGCACUGCCAAGCGUCACCUGAAGAGGGAGGCCUAUGAGACGUCCAAGAAACAGCGACAGGACGAGCUCGACAACAUUAGGCACCAGGAGCAGUUGAUACGCGAGGCCGAAGAGAGGGCAGAACUUGAGCGUCUCCGUCGGGAGGCGGUACACAAGGCUGAGCCAGUGAAGCAUUACAAGAGCCUUCCCAUCAGGCCUAGCAGCAAACCUCUCACCGAGGCCAUGUCCCCGCACUUCCACACUGACGAGCGCCUCCGCACCCGCUCCAAACACAGCGACAGCUCUCUGUCAACCUGAUUGGUGUCAAUGUGAUGAUGGUGUCGGUGCUAGUUGCUGCGGUGAUUGUUCAUUAAACUGAAAAAAUGCCUCGGAUUUCUUUCAUCUUUAUGUUUUACAACCAAUAAUUAUUUGUUCAUUGGUCAGCAAAAAAAGUGUCAAUUUCUUUUGUUGUUUUGCUUUGAACUAAGAAUUAUUAAUUUAUUGAAUGGCAAAACUGCCUCGAAUUUCUUUCAAUUGCAUGAGAAUUAUUCACUCGCACGGUCUUGUACUUAAGUGUGAUGGCAUGCUUGUGUCCUGGUUUUUCUGUUUGUAGGGUAAGUGAUAAGUACUUAUUUGUAUACUAGAAUUUGUAGGAUAUUUUGGGAGCAUAUUUCAAAUACGGAAGAAAUGAUUUACUUUAUUAUAUGCUAAUGUUAUCGUAAUAAUAAAUAUAUAACAAGUGCCAUUAACAUAUAGAAAAAGUCACACUGCCAUUUCUGUUAACUUACCGUACCCCUAAAGAACAUUUCACAUAUCUGUUACUGAUACUGAUUUCUUCAUGAUCAUCAGAAUUUAUUUUAGGCUCCUUCAAUUAUGGGUUGCUAAAAAAAGAUUGUAAUUGAUUAAAUUAUAUGUAUAUCUAUGUCUUUCUGUGUAUAUAUGUAUGAUGUGUCUGUGUUACUUCUUGCUUUUCGGUCUCCCUUGCACUGUUUAAUGGAGCCUUGUUCUGAGAAAACUGGGCUUAAUGCAUGUGCGUCAAGUGUCAUCCCAGAUUAGCCUGUGCAGUCUGCACAGGCUAAUCAGGGACAACACUUUCUGCCUAAACUUGAUUUUCGGUAAGGAGGGACUUCCUUGAAACUAAAAAUACCAUAAAAGCGGUAAGUAUCGUCCCUGAUUAGCCUUUGCGGACUGCACAGGCUAAUCUGGGAUAACACUUUAUGCACAUGCAUUAAGCCCAGUUUUCUCAGGAACAAGGCUCGAUGUCUGACUUUCAUUUUCACAUUGCUCCCCUCAUUCAUCAUAAAGUAUCAUGUUCAUAGUUUGAAUGGUUUCACAUGGAUGUUCGAUUGUAAUCCUUUGUGAAACAUUUAUGUCUUGCUUUUGGGAUAAUCAUAUUGAAUUUUAAAAUGCACUUUAACGCAUUAUUUAAACCACUUUACACUAUAUAUAUAUUAAUAUUAAUCAAACAUAACAAUUUAUUUGGUGUACAAAUAGAUUAAAUGCCUUCACGUCAGUUCAUUUGUUUUUUACCUGUCAAUCAUCAAAUUGUCAUCUAACCUGUAUUUUAGCAUUAAGUGUAACAAAUGUGUUCAAAACCCUAUACACUGUAUGUAUUUGUAAAAAUGAUUUUUAACCAAAUUUUUUAGUGUGUUUUGAUUUCAUGAUUUUUAUUUCAUCAAUUCAAGCAUUUAGUAAUGUAUUCUAUUAAACAUCAGGAUAUCUCACGUUGGUCUAUUGUUUAUACUAGUCUGAUAAGUGUUGGCAAGUAGUUCAGGUAAUUUAGCUCUAUAUUAAAGUGAAUGUAAGUAAAACAUGACUAACAAGAUUGGUGAGUGAUGUUAAAAAUGUUGAACAUCUUUUUCUGUUUAAAUUAUAGUUGACUGAAAUUUGAGCAUUAUUUUUUUGUUUGAAUAAUUUACUUGAAUUUGACAAAUAUUUUCUGCUUAAUUGAUUCUAAUUUAAACAUGAUUUUCGGCAGAAAAAAAUGACUGGAAUUUACUAGUAAUUUUCUGCUUAAAUGAUUGACUUGAAUCUUGAUUAUAAUGGACAUUUGUUUCAUCAGGAACUUUUUGCAACCUGACGUGUUAUGUAUUAUAAAUUGUUAUUUUGUAUUGUCCCCUACCGGUGAAACCGGAGUCUGUCACACUUUUUUGGAUCCUGCGAUAAAAGUUCUUCAUAUUUUUUCAUGAAACUUAAAAUAUGGAUAUAUGGAGAUCAUGCACGUCAUUUCAUUUUGUUCCUACGUCAAUAAUUAUGGUUGCUAUGGCAACAAAUAAUUUUUUUUUUAAAUAAAUUCUGACAAUGGUGGAGUUUCACUGUUAGGGAACAUAUUGCUUGGCAAUCUCUUGUUUGAACUGAAAAUACAAUUAACAUAUAACAUUUUAGUAGUAUCUUUUCUGUCAAACUUAGAAGGAAUAGCUAAGCAUGUUUAAUUUAUUUAUGUGUAGAUAAUUUAUGCCCAUUAUUAUUCGAAACAAAAAAAUCAUUGUCCAAGUCAAUUUUCCCACUGUUGUAAGUCGACUUUAAUACUCUGUUAGUAUUAUAUGUAUAUUUGUGUGGAAGUGUUUGUAUGUUGCCGGUGUAUGCAGCAUUGUAAACAUUGACUCUUACAUGAUUGUUUUGAUGCCAUGCGACUUACGGUUAAUAAAUUAUUAAGCAAGAAACACAGCUAACUAGAUUUUAGAUCGCUUUUAAUUCUGAUAUUUUAUCUCCAUUUGAUGAUUUUUAUGUUGCAAAUGUGAAGUAAAUAUAUUAUGUAUUAUCAUUUGAUAUUAAAUAAUACAACAAAUAA